AUGGUGAAGACUACUUACGCCCUGACAGUCUUUGUGGCCAUGAGCCUGGCCGCACCGUUGCCACCGGCUGGCAACGAUGUGACCGGUAUCAUAGCUCGCGAUGGUACCGGUAACUUUAUUGGUGCUGGUACCGCCGAUGGUGCUGUAAAUGAGAUGAUCAAGGGACUCGCUACUCCCAAAAACGACCAGCCCGCUACUGAUGAUAAGAUGGCAAAAAUGGGCAAAAAGGCAGCGGCGAUCAAGGCCGCAGAUGAAAAGAAGAAGGAGAAAAAGCCCGUGGUGACACACAGCGCUUUGGAGAGUCUUCCUCUUCUUGGCCCCUUGCUACGACCAGUUCCUCUGAAGCGAGACAACGAGGCUCGUUCGUUCACUGGUGAUCUGAGCAACCUCCCCCUGCUGGGAUCUCUCUUCGGUGGUGACCAGAACCACCCGGCCAACUCCCCUCACCAGACCGGCGGAGGUCAGAAGGUUGGCAUGCGUCGUUCCCACCACGAGACUGUAUUUACAAUCCUAGAUAAUGAAGGCUUCCCUCAGAACCAUGGCCAGAAUCACGGCCAGAACUAUGGCCAAAACUACGGACAAAACGCUGGCCAGAACGCUCACCAAAAUGAGGGCCAGAAUGCUGGUCAGAACUAUGGUCAGAAUCACGGCCAAAACGAAGGCCAGAACUAUGGCCAGAAUGAGGGCCAGAACAUGGAGAAGCGUGGAGGGCCUCCCAACAACCCCGAUUCGCUUGGUGCUUUGUGGCUCAUCCGCAAGUUGACUAGUGGCGGUUCAAUCACCAAGGGCCACAAGCGUAGCGAGGAUCUGCCCACCUCUCCUGGAGCUUUCCACAGCCUCAUCGGUGAGGGAGAAGGUGCUGCUACCGAUGCUGCCGCUGGUGCUCUGAGCGCCGCUGCAGAUAUAAUGCCCAUUCGCCGCGACUCCAGCGAUGGUGGUGACAUUGCCGAUUCCGUCAGCGAUGCCCUUGACAACGGUAUCGACGCCAGCACUGAUGCCGCUGACAUGGCCAUGCCCGUGCGCCGCGAUCUGGGUGGCCUGUCCGACCUGACCGCCAGCCUGACUGCAGGCAAGAACAACAAAGAUCAGGCCCCUCCCACACCUGGCCAAUCCAAGUCCCAGCCUCAGGCUGACCAGUAUGACAAAAAGAACGACCCUCUUGCUCAGCUUGCCAGCGAGAGUGGUCUCGGUAAGCUCUUUGCCGGUAACGCUCACCAUGGUCUUGGCAUCUUCCCUAUGAAUGGUCGCCGUGAUGUCCACGAGAACGAGGCUCGCGGUGAAUCCCCCAUCCAGGGCUCUGACCUGGAGUCCGUCCUCUUCAGCGGCGGUGUCCUCAACAAGCUUGCUCAUACUUUGACCCCUUCUGCUCCUGCUGCUGCUCCUGCCGCUCCUGCUGCUGCUCCUGCCGCUGCUGCUCCCGCUGCUGCUGCUGCGCCUGCUAGCGGUGCUGGAGGUGCCGGCGCUGGAGCCCAGUGA